AUGGCGACCCAUGCGAUCCUUCACAGCGGCUAUCAUCACCAGACCCUGAGAGCAUGGAACUCGCUGAACACAACCAUAACGGCCAACAGUUUGCUCUACCCGGUUUUUAUCGUAGAUGACCCAGAUGCAGUUCAGCCAAUCAGAAGCAUGCCUGGUCAGAGCAGGUAUGGGAUCAAUAGGCUAGAGGAAGCACUAGGACCCCUUGUAGAAAAGGGACUGAGUGCUGUCCUUUUGUUUGGAGUUCCUGAACAUUUAGAAAAGGAUAAGAGAGGGUCCGCUGCUGAUGCCCCAGAUACACCUGUGAUUCUGGCCAUACAGAAGUUACGCAACUUGUUCCCAUCGUUGCUGAUUGUCUGCGAUCUCUGUCUGUGUUCAUAUACUUCACAUGGUCACUGUGGUUUCCUGCGACCUGAUGGAAGUAUAGACAAUGAACCUAGCAUUGAGAGAUUAGGGGAAAUUGCUGUCGCAUAUGCUAAGGCUGGUUGCCAAGUGAUCGCCCCUUCUGGCAUAAUGGACGGUCGCAUUGGAGCAAUCAAGAAAGCACUCUUUAAACACAACAUGGGCAACACUGUUUCUGUGAUGAGUUACAGUGCAAAGUUUGCUUCUAGUUUCUAUGGUCCAUAUAGAGAAGCAACAAAAAGUGAUACAGUUUUUGGUGACAGAAAGUGUUACCAGCUGCCACCAGGGUCAAUUGGCUUGGCAGAGAGAGCAGCUGACCGUGAUGUUGGGGAGGGGGCUGAUUUUCUGAUGGUCAAACCUGGCUUACCAUAUCUAGAUGUUGUCAGGCUCCUCAAACAAAAGUACCCGACUCAUCCUUUGGCAAUCUACAACGUAUCAGGGGAGUACGCCAUGUUGUACCACGCUGCUGCAGCUGGUGCUUUUGACCUGAAGACAGCAGUGAUGGAGAUGUUGCAGAGCAUGAGACGAGCAGGUGCAGAUAUCCUGAUUACAUAUUUCACCCCACAUGUCCUGGAGUGGAUCAGGGAGGAUGGGAGUAAUGCCAGCUCAGACAAAAGUUAG